GGGCCAGCCAAUGGGCGACAAGAUUCCGGGGUUUGGCCCGGGAGCCCGGGAGCUCACCGAUUCCCCGCCCCACAGUUCUGGCCACCGUCCCGGUGCGCACGGACGUGGCUCGAGUUUCCUCGGCUCUCCGCUCUUUCUCGCUUUUCCCCCUCCCGCUCUUCUUCCUCUCCUGGGCUCGGGCUCCAGCUCUAGCUCCACCCGGCCGGCCCCGCACGGCUCCGGGUAGUCAUGGAGGACACCCAGCUCCAUAUCAUCGAGCAGCCGCUUCCCGGGUACCCCGAAGUCGGGGACCCGGGGUCCUCCCCUACGGGGGCGCCAGCGGCGGAGGAGCCGUCAGGGGCCGGUUCCGAGGAGCUGAUCAAGUCAGACCAGGUGAACGGCGUGCUGGUGCUGAGCCUUCUGGACAAAAUCAUUGGCGCCGUCGACCAGAUCCAGCUGACCCAAGCCCAGUUGGAGGAACGGCAGGCGGAGAUGGAGGGCGCCGUGCAGAGCAUCCAGGGCGAGUUGAGCAAGCUGGGCAAGGCACACGCCACCACCAGCAACACCGUGAGCAAGUUGCUGGAGAAGGUGCGCAAGGUCAGCGUCAACGUGAAGACCGUGCGCGGCAGCCUGGAGCGCCAGGCAGGCCAGAUCAAGAAGCUGGAGGUCAACGAGGCGGAGCUGCUUCGGCGCCGCAACUUUAAAGUCAUGAUCUACCAGGAUGAAGUGAAACUGCCGGCCAAGGUGAGCAUCAGCAAGUCGCUGAAAGAAGCGGAGGCGCUGCCCGAGAAGGAGGGCGACGAGCUGGGCGAAGGCGAGCGGCCCGAGGAGGACGCGGCGGCGCUGGAGCUGUCCUCCGACGAGGCGGUGGAGGUGGAGGAGGUCAUCGAGGAGUCGCGUGCCGAGCGCAUCAAGCGCAGCGGCCUGCGGCGCGUGGACGACUUCAAGAAGGCCUUCUCCAAGGAGAAGAUGGAGAAGACCAAGGUGCGCACCCGCGAAAACCUGGAGAAGACCCGCCUCAAGACGAAGGAGAACCUGGAGAAGACGCGGCACACGCUGGAGAAGCGCAUGAACAAGCUGGGCACGCGCCUCGUCCCCGCCGAGCGGCGCGAGAAGCUCAAGACCUCGCGAGACAAGCUGCGCAAGUCCUUCACGCCCGACCACGUGGUCUACGCGCGCUCCAAGACGGCGGUGUACAAGGUGCCGCCCUUCACCUUCCACGUCAAGAAGAUCCGCGAGGGCGAGGUGGAGGUGCUGAAGGCCACCGAGAUGGUGGAGGUGGGUGCCGAUGACGACGAGGGCGGCGCGGAGCGCGGCGAGGCGGCCGACCUGCUGCGCGGGAGCAGCCCCGACGUGCACACGCUGCUGGAGAUCACCGAGGAGUCGGACGCCGUGCUGGUGGACAAGAGCGACAGCGACUGAGCGGACGCGGGGCUCUGCCCAGGAGGCCGCGCCACCCCGCCCCGCCUCUCCCUGCCCCCUUCCCACGCCUUUCCUCUCCCGCCCCCCCCCCCUCCGCCCCCCGCCCGGAACUUUCUCUAUCGCAUUCUCUGUCGGCCCCAAACGGGCUGAGAUAUUUCUAAAUUGACAACACCGCCCCUCCAGGUGCACCCCUCCAAGUCUUAAAGCUGUUAAGAUGGGAGAGGGAGGCAGCCUCUUCUACGAACAGCCCCAAUUUGGGCAUAGUCUGGGUGGGCAUGGAGAGGGGGAGUGAUCCGUGUCCUGGUCGUCCAAGUCAGGGAUCUUAAAGGAAAUUGCUGUCAUUUCCAUGGUUGCCCCCCCCCCCCUUGGGGUAGGCUGCCUUCCCCCUAACCUCCACCUCACACUCACAGCCAACUGCUGUCAUUCCUGCUCACUGAGCUCUUUUUUUCCUCAUCCUGAUCCCUGGAGACUUCAAAGCCAAAGUUACCAUAAAAGGAAAGAGUGAAUCUCAAAGAGGACCCUUGCCCACACGGAAGCCCCAUACUGGAAGGACUUAAAAGCAGCUUUUGGGAGAACCUGGGGCAGUGGGGGAAGAAGGCAGAGUGAGCUGUGAUUCUGGAAAGAGAGUCUAGCACAGGCGCUAUCUGUAAAGCGUCCCAACAAGGAAGCCUGGAGCUAAGUACCACCCUGGGGAAGGAGGGCGCUGGUGUGGAGAACACUUACAUGUUUGUGCAUCCGCAGCAGCAGCACAUGGCUAUGGCUUUAGGAAGGAGAAUGGGAAAUAGUAGAAAGUGGAAAUGGGUGAAGAGAGGAGAAUUCUCCUCAUUAGCAGCCUGAGAAACACAGGACGAGAAUCCCAUCUUAGAGGGGUUCUCCGAGGACAGCAGGACAAUUUUCAGAAUAAGGAGGGAGGACAGUUAGGAGAAAGCAAUGAUCCAAAGGGAAGAGAGAGGGAAGCCUCACCUUUGUCCCUUAAAUGAGAUGUGAAUGGUGGCGCCCCUUGUGGCAGCCCAUGUCUCAAAGUCCAGAAAGGGAGGGUCCCAGAAGGGGGCAGCACCAGACUGUGGAGAGCUGGGAGUUAGGAGGGAGGCAGCCAGCAAAAGAGAGCAAGGUGCAAACCGCCAGGGCACCAAGCUGAGAGCUGGAGGGGGGAAGGGGAGGAGAGUGUAUGGAGCAACCCAGCCUUGGCUCACUCCUGGCAGUUUCUUCUCAAGAUCCUUCCCUAGAGCUAGUAUCGGAGCUGCAAAACUUGUCAAGCCCUCCUUACCCUUGUGGGUGCCUCUCCUGAAUCGGUGGUGGUGACAGGGAUGCUACUUCCAGUCCGAAGGCCUGAUUUCUGUAGUCCACUGACAGGUUCUUCUCUGGACACUUCAGUGCUCCCUGUUCCUCCCCAGUAAAGGUGGCUUGUCAGAAGGUAGGACAACUCCCUUCCCCCUCAAGCCCAGCCCAGAGAGAGCUGAGGGCUUCCUUCUCCCCCACCUCCUCUGCCUCCUCUUCCCUGCUCUGCUUUUUAGAAUUGCAGCUAAUUGUUUUAAGGGGUGGAGGGAGGGAGCCUGGGGACACAAACUUUUUUUUUUUACAAUACAAAGCUUUGCUUCUCUCCCCUCGUUUUCUUGGUUCCCUUCUCUCUUCUGGACGGUUGGAGACUCUUCAGCUGAGGGAGGAUGGGGAUUGCGGGACAAGGUCCCUUGGUGCUGAUGGGCUGAGGGGCCUGAGUUGUGGGCAGAUACAGUUUCCUGUGGGCUCUGGGGAGCCUGUCAUGUUGCUGUGUCCUGGUGAGCAGCCCGACCAAUAAACCUGCUUUUCUAAAAGGA